GCUGUGGGAAGGCUCAGCUUCCUUCCUGCUCCAUUGGCCUCAGAAUCACAGGAGUCAGUCUGAACAGUGCCCGAAGUCACAGCCUUCCCAGGGAGGCUCGGGGCAAGCUGGCCUGUGCCUGAGCAGUAGACCCUCCAGACUGGGCCUUUACAGGAAGCCCUCGAGGGGUGGGGAGCUCACUACCAGCUGCGGCAGCCCCAUCUACUUCGAGAUCUCCCUUUGCAACCCUCCUGUCCCCGCUGUGGCCCUUGGUUCUGCCGUCUGGGGACCAGGAAGAACAAGUGUCCACCCUGUUCCACUUGAGAACCUUACUUGAAAGGCCUGGAGACAAGGUCUGCUGCAGGCUCUGAGCCUUCACGUCUCAGAGCCCUUCACCCUUCUUGACACUCUCCACCUUCUCAGGGUCCUUAGUGAACCAGGUUCCUGCAGCCUCAGCCUGGGGCCAAGGGCAUUGCUCAAGUAGCCAGAGAACACAGGUAUUUCUGGAGCUGUUGAUUCUGAAUGUUUGUCUCUGUUCUGAGAACCAGCCCCACUCCCCUAGGCUUGCAGUGGAGGGAAGGGUCAGUUUUAUUCAGCCACACGUACCCCCCAGGACUAAAUGGAUACAUGCUGCUGCUUCUUGUUGGCUCACAGUGGCCACUGAGACCCCCAAAUCUUUUUCAGGAAUGAGCCAAGGACCCCCAGCUCCAGCCCAGGCCACUCAGGCAUCUGUGCAGUAGAGGUGACAGAUUGAGGACUCAGGUCUGCUGCUCGUCCUGGUCAUGGCCCUGGAGGCUGCCCCUCGGUGGGUGAUGGUCCCACUGCUGCCCGCUCUUGUGUUCCUUGGAUUCGCAGUGAGCACCCUGGCAGACAGUAAGCCCACUUUUGUGAAGGCUCCUGAGGACCAGACAGGCCUGUCUGGGGGUGUGGCCUCCUUUGUGUGCCAGGCCACGGGCGAGCCCAAGCCCCGAAUCACCUGGAUGAAGAAGGGCAAGAAAGUCAGCUCCCAGCGGUUUGAGGUGAUCGAGUUUGACGACGGGGCUGGCUCUGUGCUCCGGAUCCAGCCACUGCGGGUGCACCGGGAUGAGGCCAUUUACGAGUGCACGGCCACGAACAGCGUAGGCGAGAUCAACAUCAGUGCCAAGCUCACCGUGCUGGACGAGGAUCAGCUGCCUCAUGGCUUCCCCACCAUUGACAUGGGGCCCCAGCUGAAGGUGGUGGAGAAGGCCAGGACAGCCACCAUGCUGUGUGCUGCUGGCGGCAACCCUGAUCCUGAGAUCUCCUGGUUCAAGGACUUCCUGCCUGUGGACCCAGCUGCUAGCAAUGGCCGCAUCAAACAGCUCCGCUCAGGAGCUCUGCAGAUCGAAAACAGCGAGGAGUCAGACCAGGGCAAGUACGAGUGUGUGGCGACCAACUCUGCAGGCACACGCUAUUCAGCCCCCGCGAAUCUCUAUGUGCGAGUGCGCCGGGUGGCUCCCCGUUUCUCCAUCCCCCCAAGUAACCAUGAGGUGAUGCCCGGGGGCAGCGUGAACCUAACCUGUGUAGCAGUGGGUGCACCCAUGCCCUAUGUCAAGUGGAUGGCUGGAGCUGAGGAGCUCACCCGGGAAGAUGAGAUGCCUGUCGGCCGGAAUGUUCUGGAACUCACCAACAUCGUUCAGUCGGCCAACUACACUUGUGUGGCUAUCUCCUCCCUGGGUCUGAUUGAAGCCACUGCCCAGAUCACUGUCAAAGCGCUGCCCAGGCCUCCCAUCGAACUGGUGGUGACAGAGACCACAGCUACAAGCGUGACCCUGACCUGGGACUCAGGGAAUGCAGAGCCCGUGUCCUACUAUGGCAUCCAGUACCGGCCAACAGCCGGGGACAGCACAUUCCAGGAGGUGGAUGGUGUGGCCACCACACGCUACAGCAUCGGCGGCCUCAGCCCUUUUUCAGAGUACGAGUUCCGUGUGCUAGCUGUGAACAAUAUAGGGCGUGGGCCACCCAGUGAGCUGGUGACAGCCCGCACAGGGGAACAGGCACCUUCUAGCCCGCCACUGCGCGUGCAAGCCCGCAUGCUGAGCGCAAGCACCAUGCUUGUGCAGUGGGAGCCCCCAGAUGAGCCCAACGGUCUGGUGCGCGGCUACCGUGUCUACUACACUCCAGAUGCCCUGCUGCCCCUCAGCUCCUGGCACAAGCACAACACGGACGACAGCCACCUCACCACCGUGGGCAGCCUGGUAACCGGCAUCACCUACAGCAUCCGCGUGCUGGCGUUCACUGCUGUUGGCGACGGGCCACCCUCUGCCCCCAUCCAGGUCAAGACGCAGCAGGGAGUGCCGGCCCAGCCCGCAGACUUCCAGGCUGAGGCUGAGUCAGACACCAGGGUCCUGCUGUCAUGGCUGCUGCCCCCUCAGGAGCGAAUCACCAAAUAUGAGCUGCUGUACUGGGAAGCAGAAGAUGGACCCCAGCAAAAAGUGACCUUUGACCCCACUUCAUCCUAUGUCCUGGAGGACCUGAAGCCAGACACCCUAUACCGCUUCCAGCUGGCUGCCCGUUCAGACCUGGGGGUUGGGGUGUUCACACCCCCCAUCGAGACACGCACACAGCAGUCCACCCCCUCUGCCCCUCCCCAGGACGUUCGGUGUGUCAGUACCAGCUCCACCACGGUCUGGGUAAGUUGGGUCCCACCUCCGGCUGCCAGCCGCAAUGGCGUCAUCACCCAGUACUCCAUCGCCUACCAGGCGGUGGAUGGCGAGGACACUGCCCGGCACGUGGUGGAUGGCAUUGGACCAGACAGCUCCAGCUGGGAGAUCCAGGACCUGGAGAAGUGGACAGAAUACAGGGUGUGGGUGCGGGCCCACACGGAUGUAGGGCCAGGCCCCGAGAGCCCCCCGGUGCUGGUGCGCACCGAUGAGGACGUGCCCAGCGCACCCCCGAGGAAGGUGGAGGUGGAGUCAGUGAACUCAACGGCCGUGCAUGUGUCCUGGAAGCUGCCCGUGUCCAGCAAACAGCAUGGCCAGAUCCGCGGCUACCAGGUCACCUACGUGAGGCUCGAGAACAAUGAGCCCCGUGGGCAGCCGGUCAUCAAGGACGUGAUGCUCGCUGAAGCCCAGUGGCGGCCGGAGGAGUCAGAGGACUAUGAAACCACCAUUGGAGGCCUGACCCCAGAGACCACCUACUCUAUCACCGUUGCUGCCUAUACUACCAAAGGAGACGGAGCCCGCAGCAAGCCCAAGAUUGUCACCACCACAGGGGCAGUCCCAGGCCGACCUACCAUGAUGGUCAGCGCCACAGCCAUGAACACCGCCCUCCUCCAGUGGCACCCGCCCAAGGACGUGCCGGGUGAGCUGCUGGGCUACCGGCUGCAGUACCAGCGGGCAGACGAGGAGAAGCCUACCACAGUGGCCUUUGGCCAGGAGGACCACCACUUCACUGUGACUGGCCUGCACAAGGGCGCCACGUACAUCUUCCGCCUGUCGGCCAAGAACCGGGCGGGCCCCGGCGAGGCGUCUGAGAAGGAAGUCACCACCCCAGAAGACGCACCCAGCGGCUUUCCACAGAACCUGCAGGUGGUCGGGCUGACCACAUCAACCACGGAGCUGCGGUGGGACCCGCCUGUGCUGGCUGAGCGGAACGGGCGCAUCACCAACUACACCGUGGUGUAUCGGGACAUCAACAGCCAACAGGAGCAGCAGAGCGUCACCGGCAGCACCCACCUCACCCUCGCCGGCCUCCUGCCCGACACCACCUACGAUGUCAAGGUCCGCGCCCACACCAGCCGCGGCCCGGGGCCUCUCAGCCCCAGCAUCCAGUCGCGGACCAUGCCAGUGGAGCAAGUGUUUGCCAAGAACUUCCGGGUCAAUGCUGUGAUGAAGACAUCAGUGCUGCUUAGCUGGGAAGUCCCAGACUCCUACAAGUCUUCAGUACCAUUUAAGAUCCUUUAUAAUGGACAGAGCGUGGAGGUGGACGGUCACUCCAUGAAGAAGCUGAUCCGGGACUUGCAGCCCAACACCGAGUACUCAUUUGUGUUGAUGAGUCGUGGGAGCAGUGCUGGCGGCCUGCAACACCUGGUGUCCAUCCGCACGGCCCCUGACCUCCUGCUGCAGAAGCCCCUGCCCGUGGCCAAGUACAUGGAGGAUGGCCGUUUUACCCUCACGCUCCCCAGAGUAGAGACCAAGUCAGCCAUCAGGUGGUUCUACAUCGUGGUGGUGCCCAUCGACCGCCUGGCUAGCGGACCCCUCAGCCCGCGUUGGCAGACACCAGACGAGCUCGAGCUGGAUCAGCUACUGGAGGCCAUCGGCCAUGGAGGUGCAGCCGCGCGGCGGCGGCGGCGGCAGAUAGAGCGGCUGAAGCCCUACAUCGCGGCUCAGGUGGAAGAGCUGCCUGAGACCUUCACCCUCGGAGACAAGAAGAAUUACAACGGCUUCUACAAUCGGCCUCUGUCCCCAGACCUCAGCUACCACUGCUUCGUGCUGGCCGCGCUGGAGGCAGGGGACACGCGGCAGUACGCAGCCAGCCCGUACUCUGACGAGAUCCUCGUGGAAGUGUCCUCAGCUAAGCAGCAGGAUGAGCCCGAGAUGCUGUGGGUCAUGGGUCCUGUGCUGGCCGUCAUCCUCAUCAUCCUCAUUGUCAUCGCCAUCCUCCUCUUCAAGAGAUCCCCAGGCCACCCCACCCAGAGGCCCUAUCUCUGCUGUCUUAGGAAAAGGACCAACUCUCCUUCGGCUAAGGAUGAGCAGUCUGUGGGGCUGAAGGACUCGCUGCUGGCCCACUCCUCAGACCCUGUGGAGAUGAGAAGGCUCAACUACCAGACCCCAGGCAUGCGGGACCACCCACCCAUUCCCAUAACAGACCUAGCCGACAACAUUGAGCGGCUCAAGGCCAAUGAUGGCCUGAAGUUCUCCCAGGAGUAUGAGUCCAUUGACCCAGGGCAGCAGUUCACCUGGGAGAACUCAAACUUGGAGGUCAACAAGCCCAAGAACCGCUAUGCCAACGUGAUUGCCUACGACCACUCCCGGGUCAUCCUUACGUCCAUCGAUGGGGUCCCUGGCAGCGACUACAUCAAUGCCAACUACAUUGAUGGUUACCGCAAGCAGAAUGCCUACAUCGCCACCCAGGGACCCCUGCCCGAGACCCUCGGCGACUUCUGGCGCAUGGUGUGGGAGCAGCGGACGGCCACCAUCGUCAUGAUGACACGGCUGGAGGAGAAGUCCCGGGUGAAGUGUGAUCAGUAUUGGCCGAGCCGGGGCACUGAGACCUAUGGGUUCGUCCAGGUGACGCUGCUGGACACUGUGGAGCUGGCCACCUACACCGUCCGCACCUUCGCCCUGUACAAGACCGGCUCCAGUGAGAAGCGGGAGCUUCGUCAGUUCCAGUUCCUGGCCUGGCCUGACCACGGGGUCCCUGAGUACCCAACCCCCACCCUGGCCUUCCUGCGCAGGGUCAAGGCCUGCAACCCCCUGGAUGCUGGGCCCAUGGUGGUACACUGCAGUGCUGGUGUGGGCCGCACGGGCUGCUUCAUCGUCACGGACGCCAUGCUGGAGCGCAUGAAGCACGAGAAGACCGUGGACAUCUACGGACACGUGACAUGCAUGCGCUCACAGCGCAACUACAUGGUACAGACGGAGGACCAGUACGUCUUCAUCCACGAGGCCCUCCUGGAAGCGGCCACAUGUGGCCACACGGAGGUGCCAGCCCGAAGCCUCUACGCCCACAUACAGAAGCUGGGCCAGGUGCCACCUGGGGAAAGCGUGACCGCCAUGGAGCUGGAGUUCAAGCUGUUGGCGAGCUCCAAGGCCCACACGUCGCGAUUCAUCAGCGCCAACCUUCCCUGCAACAAGUUUAAGAAUCGGCUGGUGAAUAUCAUGCCGUACGAGCUGACCCGCGUCUGCCUGCAGCCCAUCCGGGGUGUGGAGGGCUCAGACUACAUCAAUGCCAGCUUCAUCGAUGGAUACAGGCAGCAGAAAGCCUACAUUGCCACACAGGGGCCGCUGGCUGAGAGCACAGAGGACUUCUGGCGGAUGCUCUGGGAACACAACUCAACCAUUGUGGUGAUGCUGACCAAGCUUCGGGAGAUGGGGCGGGAAAAAUGCCAUCAGUAUUGGCCAGCUGAACGCUCUGCUCGCUACCAGUAUUUUGUGGUGGACCCAAUGGCCGAGUACAACAUGCCGCAGUACAUCCUACGAGAGUUCAAGGUCACAGAUGCCAGGGACGGCCAAUCGAGGACAAUCCGCCAGUUCCAGUUCACAGACUGGCCAGAGCAGGGGGUGCCCAAGACCGGCGAGGGCUUCAUUGACUUCAUUGGGCAGGUUCACAAGACCAAGGAGCAGUUUGGCCAGGAUGGACCCAUCACCGUGCACUGCAGCGCCGGGGUCGGCCGCACUGGCGUCUUUAUCACUCUGAGCAUCGUCCUGGAGCGCAUGCGCUACGAGGGUGUGGUGGACAUGUUCCAGACCGUGAAGACCCUGCGCACACAGAGACCCGCCAUGGUGCAGACAGAGGACCAGUACCAACUGUGUUACCGAGCGGCGCUAGAGUACCUGGGCAGCUUCGAUCACUAUGCAACGUAACCUCCGCUCGCUCACUCAGUCGUCCUCGUCCUCACCCUCAUCCCCAUCCUGUCCUGGGGCCCGCAGGGGCAUCGGGAACCGCUCUCUGAGCCAUAGAGACCAUUGCCCUGCCCUCCCGCGUGGCGGCAGCGGCCAGGGCUCAGACCACAGUGUCCCAGGACCUUCCCCCCAAACCCCAGAGCCAAAUGUGUCUGGGGGGGGCGGCUGCUGCCCCCACGUUCCUCAUGCUGCUUCUCCCUGGGCGGGCGGGCGGAGCCACCUUUUUGUACUCAGUUCAGUAGGGGUAGCUGGGUGGGUUUUGUAACCUCUUUUGACUUCCCUUCUUCGUGGACGGUGAAAGGGUCCACACUCUGUUCUUGGCUGGGGACUUUCUCACUCUCUGAUCCUUUUCUUUGUGUUUACUCUUAUUGAUACAAAUAAACAGAAGAUGCCUUUCCUCCUGGGGAGUCACCCGCUCCGGGGAGCAACCCCAUACCCAGGGCCCGCUGGGGGCGGGCAGGCAGGGGCUGCUACCACUCCGGGAGAACCACCACUAAUUCUAUUCUGUUUUCUCUUUGGUUUUCCUUAAAGGCCUUUUUUUAGGUGCCACAGCUGUUGGGGGGA